AUGCGUUUUGUGAAGUGUGGUUUUGCCGGCUCGAAUUUCCCGGAACACAUCUUCCCAGCACUGAUCGGACGGCCAAUCGUCCGCUCGACUGCCAAAGUGACAGCAUCAAGAGGAUCUGAUGGUGGUGAUGAGGCGAGUGAAUUUCGCUCGAUGCUGGAGGUGAAUUUUCCGAUGGAGAAUGGGAUUGUCCGGAAUUGGGAUGAUAUGAAGCAGCUUUGGGAUUACACGUUUGGGCCUGAGAAACUGGACGUUGACCCUCGCAACUCUAAGAUUCUCCUGACUGAACCUCCCAUGAAUCCCAUCAAGAACCGGGAGAAGGUCAUCGAGCUAAGGGCAGGGUCAGGGUCAGGGUCAGGGGUCAUGUGUCAGCCUGGCUAUUGGGCAACAUGCAGCAUCACAACCAGGACUAUUGGGCAACAUGCAGCAUCACAACCAGGACUAUUGGGCAACAUGGGGCAUCGCAACUGGGGCUAUUGGGCUACCUGGAGCAUCGCAACCGGGGCUAUUGGGCUACCUGGAGCAUCGCAACCGCGGCUAUUGGGCUACCAGGGGCAUCACAACCAGGGCUAUUGGGCUACCAGGGGCAUCACAGCCGUGGUUCUCCUUUGA